AGGGGAAGUGUGCUGCUGGGUACUUCUGCCAGGCCGGGAGCUCUGAGUCUACUCCCCAAGGCGAUGAUGUACCCUGGAGCUCCCUGACAGAAUGCCGCUCGGGGCAGAUGCAUGCGGGUCUCUGCCCAGCAGGUUUCUACUGCCACGAAGGCUCAGAGGUGCCCACGCCAUGCCCCCCCAACACCAUUGGAGCCAUCCCGGGGGCGAAGCGGAGAGAGGACUGCCUACCCUGUCCACCGGGCCACUGGUGCAAAGCAGGGGACCCAGUGACCUAUCCGUGUCCCCCUGGACACUACUGUGGUGGGGUGAAUCGCACUGAGCCCGUCACAGUCCUGGCACCUCAGCAAUGCCCUGAGCACACUUACCGCACAGCACCAGGGGCACGGAGCCUGGCGGAUUGCCAGCCUUGCCCCCCAGGUUACCUCUGCCAAACACCAGGCCUCACCAGUUUUGAGGACUAUCUUUGCCCCCCUGGGUACUGGUGCCCAGGUAAAGGGGACAGGGUUUUUUGCCCUCCUGGAACCUUCAGGACCCAUCCUGGUGCAGCAUCUUUGGAAGAAUGUGACCUCUGCUCUCCUGGAUAUUAUUGCCCGGACCCAGCAGAGACGGGGCUGCCCAAUAUCCAAGGAACUCUUUGCCCAUCUGGCUAUGAGUGCCCACCAGGUUCAGUGAAUCCAGUCAUAUGCAGACAUGGCUCCUAUUGUGGGCUCCGCACAGCGGUCCCUUCCAUGUGUCCUGGGGGAUAUUAUUGUCCAGAAGGGUCGUCCACAUACAACACUCCUGAGCAGCGAUGUGUGUUCCCCUAUUACUGCCCUCCAGGCAGCGCCCAUCCACUGCUUUGUAAGGGAGGAUACACAGCCCUGAAUGUGACCGGCUCAAGGGACUCCUUUGAAAAAUGCUGCAGGGUUUGUGAUCCAGGCACCUACCGGAGUGAUUCCCUGAUCGGUUCCACCUGCCAGCCCUGCCCAUCAGGCUUCAGCUGCCCACAAGGCACAGCAAGUUAUCUCCAGCAGCCCUGCCCCAGGGGGUAUUACUGCCCUGCCAUGGCUCCUGCACCAGUGCCCUGCCCCCCUGGGACCCAUGGGAACAGCAGUCUGGCAAAGCAGCCUGAAGAAUGUCAUGCCUGCCCUGCUGGAUCCUUCAACCACCUCUCUGCUCAGACAGGGUGUUUCCCUUGUGGGAGCUCUUCCUCCUCACAGCCAGGGGCUCGGAGCUGUAGCUGCCAUGGGCUGAACCGGGCUUUUCAGGAGUCAGAUGGCUCUUGUAUCUGUCAAGCAGGAUACAUCUACUAUGAUGAGAGAGGCAAGACAAAUUCUGACACCAACAGUGAUCAAGACUGCCAGCCUCAGGUAGAGGAGCGCUGUGCUCCUGGGGAAGUCCGUCUGGCAUCCACACGCAAAUGCAUUGCCCCCGAACUACAUGACUGCUCUCCCUUCUGCGGUGCGCCGAGUGGAGAGCUCAGUGCAGAGCUGGGCAUGUGUCGCUGUGAGCAGUACGUCUCUGCCGAAGAGCUGUGCGAUCGAGAGUGCUUGCAGAAUGCCCCACAGAUCUCUCUGAGCCUGGGCACUGAUUCAGAGCUUUUCCUGAAGACUGAAGCAGGAGAGCACAGAAAGGUGACAAAUGUUCUGGGCCCAGAUGAAAAUGUGCAGAAGAGCCAGCAAGUGCAUUUGGUUCUGUUUGAUCCCACGGGGGUAUUUGGUUUCAUUAUUUCCAGUGCAGCCGUACUGGAUGCAUUCCUCACAGGCACUUUCCCAGUGAAGUUCCCUCUCCUGUCCUCUUUUUCACCACGCCCAGCCCUGGAAAAUGUUGGGUUGGAUCUGCCAUUGCAGAGAGGACGGCGUAGCGAGCAGACUGCCUCCUCCAAGGACACUCGCCCUUUACUCCACAUCCCCAACCCUAUCUUGUGUUUGAGUGUGGGAGAUGCCAUCCUUUUCCAGCUCACCAUCCAUCCCCAGGAUCGUGCUUCCAGCCACUACCCUGUCUAUCAGAAGCAGCACCUGUUCAACAGCAAUCCUAGCUGGGAUUUUGGCCCUUUCCGAAGACUGGACUAUCUCAUUCGGGAGACUCACCUCAAUAUCUCCAGGUUUGCCCAUGUUUUCCUAGCUCCUGGGAGAUACGUUUUCAGGGAUAACAUCAUCCAGGAGCAUAUCUUGAUUGUGGCUGUGAAUGAGGAGAACAUGGGCUGUGACCCUGUCAGUGCUUCCUUCCAGCCCUCUUCUCCAUACCAACUGGCCAGGCAUGGGAUUCUGAAACAUCGGGCACUACAUUUAGCCCCUGACUGGGCAACUAUCACAGCAGUCCUCUUUGUCCUGGGCUUCCUGACAGUUUUGCUGUUGAGCCUGGCUAUCAUGCUGAGGCCCCCCAUUUCCAGCCCAAGCCCCAUGAAAAAUUGGAAACCACGGUGGAGGAGCCUGGGUGAGCCACACAUCCCACCUGAAUACAUCCUCAUUAAAGACAGCCUUCAGUUCUAUGAAGCCCUUGGUCCUCAUGGUUCAGGAGGAGGAAAUGAUGGCGGAGAGAAAGGAGUUGUCCAUGGUCCAGGUGAGCAGGCUGCACUGAGGGAUCUGGAAGACUUCAGUGUCCGCACCUUGUAUGAUAAACUGGAGGACCAAAAUCUUCAUCUGGCUUCUCAAAUGGCAAAACACAGGACGGAUGCCUUGGCCUUUUACAGGGGGAUCAGCCAGAGGAUACAGGGUCUGAUGGACUUGGUGCAAACUCUGGACUCUGAAGGGCUGAAAGACCUCACCAGGCAAAGCAUCUCUGUGGAUAGAGCCCAGGGCAGCACCCAGGUCGCCAUGGACACUGGGCAAAAUGACACAUUGACCAGCCAAGAUUUUCAAGCAAUGUUCUACACAGGUGCUGAGUGGCGGGAGGCAACAGAGUUAAUGAAAGCUCUGAAAAUCCUGAUUGGCAAAGUCCAUUGUGGGAAGAUGAUGGUGAAGCAAGAGCCACUACAGCUUGUUCAGGGACAGGAUGGGACAGCAGAAUCCAGCCGAACCCAUCAAAGGAAAGCAGGAGCAGAGCAAGGGCAGGAUCCCGGCAUGCUCCAGCAGCAUGAACACUCCAAUAAGAAAGGCACUUUUGUCACCUGUGAAGAACAAGAGCUAUGUCCACAGCCUGGGAGGGCCACGCUGGCCUGUCUGACUGAGCUUGAGGUGGAGAGUCUGCUGGCGACUUCCCCCCUCGCCAAGACUCUGCGUGAGAUCAGGCAGGCUUUGGAGAAGCAGCAACAACAUCCUAUUGCUUCUGCUUCAGAGGCACAUCGGAGUGACAGUUCUCCAGGGUCCACCGGGAAUACAUUGGUCACAAUGGAUUUAGCCAGCCUGUCCCCUCGCCAGUUUGUGGUUUACCGCUUCGGCUGCACUGUGGUUCGCCUGCUAAGCAGGGCCUGCUCCCACCCAGGCGUAGUACUCAUGUUGGCUCAGACAGUCCCAGACCAAAGCUCAGAAAGGGUCCAAGAAGUUCUCCAAUGCCCUAGAGAUUCUUACUAUGAUGCCACCAACAGGUUCCUGUAUAUAUGUUCAGCCUGCCUGGAGAAUGCCGGUGAAUUUAUAGCCAUCCUUCUGAAUGCCAUGGCAUGGAUCAAAGCAGGUUCUACAGCAGCUGCCACUGCUCGUUCUUGCUUUCAGAUGGAACUCAACAGAGGCAUCACAGCUCUAGCUAAUGCCUUUUUCCAGUGUUCCUGGGGAGCAGUAGAGAAGGAUCCUGCAGAAGACAAAUCACCCACUUGCUCUGACUGCCAGACAAUAUUCAAAGAACUUCUGAGCAUCCGAAUGUCACCAGAUCCCCAAUUCCUUGAGAAAUCCCAAAAUGACAGGUUGCAACAUUACCGAUGUUUUCAGCUUCAGGCGGAGAUUCAGGCUAUGAUGGAAAGCUCAAACAGAAAAGAAAUAAUGAAAUGGCAUGGCGAGGGGGAUAAUAAAAAUGCUGAUUCCUCUGGCAUUCAGGCUGCAAAGCUGGAGGAGACGCUGGAUGGGCUGAAUGAGGAGUUCUUCCAGCUUACAGUGCAGGCGUUGGCAAGCCAGGAGGAGGAGGAACUACUGGACCAGAAGCUCAAAAUCCGGGAGGAAUCAUUUGCGACACGGGGCAUGAUUCAUGAAGAAGAGGCACAACACUUCGCAGAGCAGCUGGAAUUCUGGGCCACAAAGAAAGACCAGGCCCAGUUGCUGGAAAUUAAGAGGAGCUGUAUUGCUCAGAGAAUUCAAGACAUAGAAUCUGAACUUUUUCACCUUCUGCAAACCACAACAGCCAUCAGUUCAUCUCCUGGAGUCCAGCAAUCCUACUGUACUAGCUAAAAGCAUCCGGCUGAUGACAUUCCAUCAUUGCUGGGGCUAACAGCCCUGUGCGCACAUAAAUCCUAAUUUCCAUGAGGAAUUCACACAUUGCAAACAUAGUACAUAUAUAGAGACACUUAGCCAUCAGCACAUGCAUGAUGUGGCUUCUGGGGGCACAGAUGGCAGAAAUACAUGCACAGAAACAAAGACACUGAUGGAUAUAAUUUGAGAGAAAUACAUAUGUUCAUGAAGAGAUGUACAUGUACAAAGAGAUUUUCAUAUGCACAUUGAUAGAUACACACUGUGAUUCCUAUAUAUGCAUUCAUUCCAGCUGUGAAGACAUAGACUUAAAUGUAUUCCUACUUGCUGUUAGUCAUCCCUAAUUCUGCAGGCUUGAAAAUAACAUAAUGUUCUUAACAUGGUUCACUGAUUCUGAAUAUACCACUCUCAAUUGGAGACACAAAAACAGAAUAGGAAAUUAGACUCUUCACAUACGUUGUAGGUAAUCCAUCAGCAAAAUAAAUAAUGCGUAUCUCAUGCAGGUUGCACCAUUAAGGUUAUUUGUUUUCCUGGAGAAAAAAAAGGGUAUUUUGGUCCUGCAUGGUCUGACUUUAAUAGCUUGUGAACAUGAACUCAAGCAGCAAUGUCAGUUCCAAGAAGGGUGGAUCAGGAAAUACCAAAGAUGUCUGUAACAAUAAUGGAUUGUUGCCCCUCAUGCUGAAUUUCAUAGAUCUGUUACCAAAUUGCUAAUUAAUAAUAAAGCUUGGCCCUUUUCAUCCAUGAAUCUCAAAGCAAUUUACAUUGGCAUGGUGAAUUACAAAUUUAGAAAGAAAGAAUGUUCUAGAAGGUAAAAAUGCAAGUGUGUGUGUAAAGGGGAAUGGUUGCUGUGAUUUACGGAGUGAUUUUAAAUUAACAUAUUUGAAAACCUUCAGAUUUAAA